UCUGGCUGCUCCUGCUCGGUUGCAUCCCGGUUCUCGGCGCACCGUUGCACCGCUUUCCCUGUUCUGAGCGAUUUCCUGGGUGCGGGCCACCAGCAUGACGGCUCGUGGAGUGCUGGGCAUGAGAGAUGGACAUGUCUACUCUGCUGUUUAAGCCUACUAAACUAAAAAGCCAUGUCUCCAGUUAGAUCCCACAGUAAGCAUCCCACUUAAUAGUGUUGCCAUUUCCAUUUGCAGCGAAAGGAUGUCAGAGUAAAGAACUUAAAGAAAUUCAGCUAUAUGAAGUUGAUUUCCAUGGAAACCUCGUCAUCCUCUGAUGACAGUUGUGACAGCUUUGCUUCUGAUAAUUUUGCAAACACGAAACCUAAAUUCAGGUCAGAUAUCAGUGAAGAACUGGCACAUGUUUUUUAUGAGGACUCUGAUAAUGAAUCUUUCUGCGGCUUUUCAGAAAGUGAGGUGCAAGAUGUGUUAGAGCAUUGUGGACUUUCAGAGAAAGCAAGGCCAGGUGUCACUAAUGAGCUGGCCAGUGGUUUUCAUGUCGACCCUGCUGAUGAACCUCUUUGCACUUUCUCAAAGAGUGAGAGGAAAGAUGGAAUGCCAAGGCAGGAAGGCUGCAGGACCCGAAGCCAGCGCCUACAAUCUGGACCUCUCCUGGUAGCCAUGAAGUUCCCAGUGCAAAACACCAGGAGGAGAGCAAGCAAAAAAGCAGCCCCUCUCCAGGCCCCGGAGAACUCUGCCAUGGAGUCCAGUUAUGACUCAGAAGAUGAAAGUGGCAUGAGCUUUCUGGAGAAAAGGGCUUUAAAUAUAAAACAAAACAAAGCAAUGCUUGCAAAACUCAUGUCAGAAUUAGAAAGUUUUCCUGGCUCGUUCCCAGGAAGACGGUCCUUCCCAGGCUCCAGGGCACCGCCAUCAAAGACACCUUCGAGACGUUCCUUCCCAGGUGUGAGUUCCCGGAGGAACCCCGAGCGGAAAGCCCGACCUCUUACCAGAUCGAGGUCUCGGGUCCUAGGGUCCUUGGGGGCUCUACCCACCGAGGAGGAAGAAGAGGAGGAGGAAGAUGAUAAGUUUGCAUUAGUGAGAAAGAGGAAGACCAUGGACGGCUACAUGAACGAUGAUGACAUGCCCAGGAGCCGUCGUCCUGGAUCAAUGACCCUUCCACAUAUAAUUCGCCCAGUGGAAGAAAUUACAGAGGAAAUGUUGGAGAACAUCUGCACCAACUCUCGUGAGAAGAUAUAUAGCCGGUCACUGGGAUCUACUUGUCAUCAGUGCCGCCAGAAAACUAUAGAUACCAAAACAAACUGCAGAAACCCAGAUUGCUGGGGUGUGCGAGGCCAGUUCUGUGGUCCCUGCCUUCGAAACCGUUACGGAGAGAACGUCCAGGAGGCCCUCCUGGAUCCGAACUGGCAUUGCCCGCCAUGCCGGGGGAUCUGCAAUUGUAGUUUCUGCCGCCAGCGAGAUGGACGGUGUGCCACUGGGGUCCUUGUAUACUUAGCGAAGUAUCAUGGCUUUGGGAACGUGCAUGCUUACUUAAAAAGCCUGAAGCAGGAAUUUGAGAUGCAAGCAUAGUGUCUAGAAGAUUCUUCUGUGCCAUCCUGAUUCUUCAGUCUCUCUUGUAUAGUUUUCAUUUUUGUUCUUGAUUGAAAACCUAGUUAAGAAUCUUGAUGUUUUAUAGGAAGCUCACAUCAGGUUGAUCUUGCUAUACACAGACUCCUGAACCAUGGAAAGCAUGUUGCUAGUUUUAUUUGGUCCCUCAGUAGUUUUCUAAUUCUAGCCCUACCAAUGAGCCCAUCUAACUCUGGUGGUCCUUCCCAACAAUUGGUUUCCAGAUUCUUAAGUGGCAAAGCCAUGAAAGCAUAUUGCAUUUAAUUGGUGUUGAAAUCCAAGCACUUAGAAGCAUAUUAAUGUUAACAUAAUUGUUUCAUUGGAUUCCAGAGAGCAGCCCUAUAACUUGUUUACAUUAAAAAAACAGAUGGUUAUUUAUGCUAGUUGGCUUUAUUUUUGUGCCAGUUCUGGGGCUUGAACU